AUGGCAGAAACUAGGUCUGCAGAAGUUAAAAGAUCCCGAAUAAGUUUGUCGCUCAGUAAAAAUAAGCAAAAAGGAACAACAAAAAAAGUGGAAGGUAAAGGAACACCGUCUAUACCUUCAGCAUCUUCCUCUAUUAUUUCCUUUUUUAAUAACGUUCCCCCUGCCAAAAUUACCUGCCCCAUGUGUGGGAAGAUGGUGCCAAGGUAUGGAAUAAAUGAGCACAUGGAUGAAACGUGUCAGAGAAACCGUGGUGAGACUGGUGUCAUUGAUUCAGCACUCAACUCUUUUAGGAAUGAGAGUCCCCCAGCUGCAAAUGCGAACGACAAUUCCAGCUCAUAUUUUUCAAAAACCCCCUCAAAUCUAGAAACAAGCCCUUUCAAAAGCAGUUUAUUGAAAACAGAAGGCAGUGCAGCACAUAUUAGUCCUUACUUUAGCAAUAACAGUUCAAUCUGUAGUGUUAACAGUGAACCACAGGCUCAAACAGUUAAAAUAGUCUCUUUGGGAAGCUUGUCAUCUAAACUAUCCAAAAGACGACGUAUCCAGGGGGGAAGGCAAAUCGUGUAUAAAGAGAUCGAGACUUCACCUCCAGCCGUUCACAGUAUGUGCAAAAGCACUGCAGCAUGGGAUGAUAAUGAUGAGGUUUAUGCUGGGGGUAGUUCUCAGGAAGACAAUCAGCUGGCUCAGAGAGAGCGCCAGGAACAAAAUUUUUCAAAGGAACCUGAAUUUCAAGAACAAACAAACAAAUGUAAUGGAGAAGACCUUGUGGAUGUUGUUCCGAUAUCGUUACCAGCUGAUAACAUUGAUGGCGAAAGGUUACCAGUUGGUACGAGGAGCACCAAAACGGAAAGUAGGACUGAAGGUACAAUACCUAGUCCUGAUCAAGUUGAAAGACGUCUAGCCAUUUAUGCUUCAGCAGAGCUGACCAAUAGUUUGGAAGUCAAGACUCAACCUCACAUGCUGGUUAUUCCUUCUUCCAAGCCAGAAGUGAGCUGUGGCACACAAAAUUGCUUUAGCAAGGGUGAUGUGCAGGUACUUCCUGUGGAAGUUCAUGAAGACUUUAAGGAUGAGAUUAAUCAUACUUCAUCAGAAAGCGUGGAAAAGGUAGAAUUUCAAAAUUCCAUUGGGGACAUUUUAGACAAAAUAAAUGAGGUUACCUCUGUGCACAGCUCUCCUGGGCACCCGUAUUACCUCCAGAAUUUUCUAGUGGUGCUGCGAGCAGUCUUGGAGAACGAAGAUGAUGUCAGACUCUUUGAUGAGCAAGAUAUGAACAUUAUAACCAAGUUCUGCAAAUUAUCAGUUGGUGGGCAGAAGUUAUAUGUGAGACUUUUUCAACGCAAGCUGAACUGGUUAAAGGUGAACAAAAUAGAGUAUGGAGAGAUAAGUAUGGAUUUGUCACCAAUAAUUGAAGAACUGGCUGAAGCCGGAUUUCUGCAAACAGAAUCUGAACUGGAAGACCUGUGUGAAGGGUUGGAUUUGCUUUCAGCCCCUGAGCUAAAAACAUUGGCAAAGAUCUUUCACUUGCCAAACCCAGGUGGUCAGAAACAGCAACUUGUGGAUGAUUUUCUGAGGUUGGCAAAACAACGUUCA